AAAGCCAAGACAUUGAAUUUGGUAACCCCAUGGCUUCUUUACAAUCUGAAGCAGCAGCAGCAAAAGCAGAUGAGAAUGUUGGUGAGUACAAGCAUCUUGCAAUGGCAAAAAUAAAGAGGAAUUGGGGGUUUGUUUUGGUGAGAUUUGUGGCUUCUUUAGCCACUGCCUCAGCAACCCUUGUGAUGGCUCUUAAUAAAGAGUCUAAAUCUAUUGUUGUUGCCACUAUUGGAACUGAUCCACUUACUGCCAUUGUAUCUGCUCAUUUCUACCACACUCCUGCCUUUGUAUUCUUUGUCAUAGCAAAUGGAAUGGCCACUCUACACAACUGGACGAUGAUAGCCUUACACAUCUUUGGACCCAAAUUCCAAUUCCAUGGCUUCCGUCUUCCAAUUAUUGCCAUUCUAGACAUGAUGACGGUGGCUCUUGCGUCGAUGGGCGACGGUGCAGCGACUUUCAUGGCAGCACUUGGAAAGAAUGGAAAUAAACAUGCCAGAUGGAACAAGAUUUGUGACAAAUUCUCUGCCUACUGCGACCAUGGUGCCGGUGCGCUCAUUGCUUCCUUUGUUGGCCUCUGCCUUCUUCUUCUCAUCUCCGCCAUCUCCAUUAUCAAGCCGCUACACAAACCGAGCAGUUCGAUAGCGUUACCAUAGUUGACUUGCUACGAACACAGCGUUUUGUUGCGUCCAUUGUGUUUGAUUAGUUUAAUUUUUGGGCUAAAAUGCAAUAUGAAGUUAAAUUUGUAUAC